GCCUGGCUCGACAGCAUGGUUGGGCCCUGCGGCAUAUCCCCUUGUCCGUCCGAGCAGGAAUUCGUCGCUGCUCUAAGGAACGGCAUUGUGCUGUGCAAGGCCAUCAACAAAAUACAGCCUGGCGCCGUGCCGAAGGUUGUCGCGUACGCACCCUGCGAUAGCCACCCGUCGACGGCUUUCCAGUACUUUGAGAACAUCCGCAACUUCCUGGUCGCUGUUCAGGAGCUAAAGCUGCCGUGUUUCGAGGCUUCUGAUUUGGAAAAGGAAAACGUUGAUGCUGGAUCAGUGGGCAAGAUUGUCGAUUGUGUCAAUUCGCUCAAGUCUUACCACGAGCGUAAGCAAUGCGGUGGAGCCAAUGGGUCAUUCAAGUUCAUGAAAUCACCUCUUGUACCGCGUUCUGCAGUUCACGUUCAGUCUGAAAAUCUUGCUUUGGGUUCCUCAACCCCCCAAAAGCGUCUAGACAUGACAGUGCCUGAUUCUGAGGGACACUCUUCUCAGAGUGGGGUUCCUAACAUGGAAGAGGCAAUUGAAAAACUUCAGAGGAUUAUUCUUGAUUGCAUGAUAAGCUGCAAGGAAAAUUUGGACCAAGAUGUUCUCAGAAAGGAUCCAGUUACACUAGUUGGCAAUAUUUUAUCAAAUCAGCUGGAAAAAGAACAGUUCAAACCACUUCUUCAACUCUUCUCUCCAGAAGGGUCUGCAAUUGAAAAUGAAUCAACUCAGCAUAUCGAGUGUUCAAAAUCGCAGAUUGAGAAUAGAAUGUGCAUCAUAGAAGCACAGGAAUCUGAACUUUUGGAGCUCAAGAAAAUGUUUCAUGAGGUCAAAGUUGAUUUCAGGUCUUUGCAGAGCCAAUUUCGUGAGGAUAUCACUGAAUUAGGUAUAUGUGCUAAACCAUGGCCAGAAUAUACAUUUUCAAACUUUGCAGGUCAUAAUAUUGAAGGGAUUUCCAAAGCUGUUCAUGGUUAUAACAAAGCUUUGAAAGAAAACAGAAACUUGUAUAACAUGCUUCAAGAAAUGCGAGGAAAUAUCCGAGUCUUCUGCCGGAUACGACCACUCAACUCAGAGUCUAUUUCUUCAAUUGAAUAUAUUGGAAAUGAUGGUUCAAUAAUGGUUUGUGAUCCAUCUAAGGCACAAACUACACGUAAGAUCUUCCAGUUCAACAAAACUUUUGGGCCAACUACCACCCAAGAUGAGGUUUACAUGGAGACACAGUCAUUAAUUAGAUCUGUCAUGGAUGGUUAUAAUGUGUGCAUAUUUGCCUACGGCCAGACAGUGUUAACCGAUUUCAUAACUGUUGUUGGUUCCUGACAAUAAUUCACAUUAGAUAUAAGGACUUCAACCACUGGUCUGUUCAACAUCCCAGAUGCAAAGAUGUGCCCAGUUCAGUCCCCUUCUGAUGUUAUGAAUUUGAUGCUGUUGGGGGAUAAACACCGUGCUUCUGGACCAACAGCAAUGAACAAUAGAAGCAGUAGAUCUCAUAGUAUCUUGACUGUCCAUGUAAAUGGGAAGGACAUAUCAGGCAAUGUGAGCUGUAGUUGUCUGCAUUUGGUAGAUCUUGCAGGAAGUGAGAGGGUUGACAGAUCAGAAGCCACAGGGGACAGACUGAAGGAGGCUCAGCAUAUUAACAAAUCACUUUCUUGCCUAGGAGAUGUCAUCACUGCCUUAGCACACAAGAAUUCUCACAUUCCUUACAGAAAUAGCAAACUUACCCAAUUGCUACAGAGUUCAUUAGGGGGAAAUGCAAAGACAUUAAUGUUAGCCCACAUAAGUCCAGAGGGAGAAUCUUAUGUAGAAACUCUUAGCACACUGAAAUUUGCUCAAAGGGUUUCUACUGUUGAACUUGGAACUGCUCACGCUAACAAAGAAAGCAAUGAUAUAAGAGAGCUGAAAGAGCAGGUGGACACUCUCAAAAAGGCAUUGGCAACCAAAGACUUGGAAAAAUCUUCACUUAAGCUGAAAGAAAAUACAGUAACGAGUGAACGGACAAAGAAACUCCCGGAGCGUACCCCACCAAGGCCACGUAGGUUAAGCCUAGAGAACGCUAGUAGUGGCAAAGGUAGCAUACCAGGAACGGCACCAAAACCACCUAUUUCAGUUAUGAAGUUCAACAGAGAUCACAUGACAACUAAUGACAAGGAAUGCAGUAUUGAUGGCUUCAGUCACACAAAGCACCACAGAUCCGUAGUACAGGUGUCUCCAAAAUUAUCUGAACAGCCGGUCAGACAGGAGACUGAGAAGUUUGUCCCAACAGAUGAUGUGGUUACCUUUUAUCAACUACCCCCUGAUGCUUAUAAUCAAUACAAGCAGUCAGGUUUGGAUACUCCCCAGAGAACACCAUGCAGAUCAAGGUACAUGGGUGUCCAAGUGAGUCAGACGGAUGAGUCUUCUGAGGCUAAAUUGGAUAAAACAACCGCAACCAAUGUGACGAAGAAAGGGUCACAUUUAAGAAGGUCCAUCCAGAGCAGCAUAGGGAAAUUGAUUCACGGCUCUGAAAGAAGGAAUAUUCCACAUUCAACGCAAGCAACUCCUGCCAAAAUCAAUACUAAUACAAACUAUGAUGGCCCAUCACCAAUUGCUACUGACGCAAGGUUAAGGAGAAGACAGUCUUCAACAGGUCUCCCCCCGCCAUCACGCAGAUCGUCUCUAGGAGGGAAGUCGGAUUCGAGGGUACAAAAUAGCCAAAGCAUUGCUUGUGCUUCCAGCCAAUACAAGCCACUGCCAUUCUCCUGGGUUCGACGGUCUAAACAACAUCAAUGUGAAUUCCUCAUUCUUUUCUUAAUGAAACCUUUGCCAGGUUCAAAUGACAAAAGAGCCAAAACACCACCUCCGAUGAAUUCAGCAGCAAAGGCGAAGAGGUGGCUGUGA